UUCUUCCCCUGAAAACCACUUUCUCUUCCUUUCUCUCUGCUCUGCAACUCUUUCUCUCUCUAAAAACCUCCAUUAGACCUUGUUAUAUAUAAAGCUUGCGUAGAAGCCAAUCCAAUCUCCUCCCCCUUCUACCUCCCUCACCUAACCAUGAAUUCACCUUCUUAGUUCUUAAUCAUCUUCUUCUUCUUCUUCUUAUUUUUCUUCCUUAUCAUCAUUUCUUCUUCUUCUUCUGCAAGUGGUCUGUACUGCUCUCUGUUUCUCUCCGUGUUCUGUGUUUUUCGUACACAUACAUGGCCUUCCACAAUCACCAGCUCACUGCCCAGGACCUCUCCUCCCUCCACCACUUCUCCGACCACCCCGAAACCCCAACCUCCGCCUCCGCAGCUGACCCGCACCACCCCGCCCCCAACUGGCUCAACUCUGCCCUCCUCCGCGCCCAGCAGACUCCCCACUCUGCCGCCCAGUUCUCCCCCUCCGCCCCUGCCCCUGCCCCCGCCGACGGCUCCUCUAACUUCCUCAACCUCCACACCGCCGCCGCCACCGGCGACUCUACCCCCACCCACCCCCAUCCCCACCACCAAUGGCUCUCCCGCCAUCAGUCCCUCCAAGGCGUCCCGGCUCCCGCGGACUCGAUCGUCUCCGGCGGCGGGGCCGAGCACCCCUCUAGCGACAACACCAAGAGCGAGGGGGCCGCCGCCGGGGUGGAGAGCGGAGGCGGCGGGGGGGCCGGCGCGGCCGCGGAAGGCCCGGUGAACUGGCAGAACGCGAGGUACAAGGCGGAGAUUCUGGGGCACCCGCUGUACGGGCAGCUGCUGUCGGCGCACGUGGCGUGCCUGAGGAUAGCUACGCCGGUGGACCAGCUCCCCAGGAUAGACGCCCAGCUAGCUCAGUCGCAGCAGGUGGUGGCUAAGUACUCUGGCCUCGGUGGUGCUGGUCAGGGCAUGGUCAGCGAUGACGAGGAGCUCGAUCAAUUCAUGACACAUUACGUCCUGUUGCUCUGUUCUUUCAAAGAACAACUCCAGCAGCAUGUUCGUGUCCACGCCAUGGAAGCAGUCAUGGCUUGCUGGGAGAUCGAGCAAUCUCUACAGAGCUUGACCGGUGUUUCUCCUGGAGAAGGAACGGGGGCGACAAUGUCCGAUGACGAGGAUGAUCCAGUCGACAGUGAUACAAAUUUGUUCGAUGGAAGUUUGGACGGAACGGACAGCUUGGGAUUCGGUCCUCUUAUCCCAACAGAGAGCGAGCGGUCACUAAUGGAGCGUGUUAGACAAGAGCUAAAGCACGAACUGAAGCAGGGCUACAAGGAGAAGAUAGUUGAUAUAAGAGAGGAAAUCCUGCGCAAAAGAAGAGCAGGAAAACUUCCUGGUGACACCACCUCUGUCUUAAAAUCCUGGUGGCAAACUCAUUCUAAGUGGCCUUAUCCUACGGAGGAAGAUAAAGCAAGAUUAGUGCAGGAAACCGGUUUGCAGCUGAAGCAGAUAAACAACUGGUUUAUCAACCAGAGGAAGAGGAACUGGCACAGUAAUCCUUCUUCUUCGACAGUCAUGAAGAGCAAACGGAAGAGUAAUGCAGGUGAAAAUAGCGGAGAUCGGUUCAUGUGAAGGAGAUCAACGAGACACAGUCGCAUCUUCAGCAUAGUACGAGCUCCAACUACAGCAAUAUGAAUGAACGCUCAGAGACAGUCCACUGAGUCGGUCAGUCAGAUAGAUGUAGAGAAACGAGAGACAUGUACAAGCUUCUCGUUUUAUGGGAGGAAGAGCAAAAUGUGAAGGCAAGAAGUUGUCAAUGUAAAUCUCGAGCUGAUAUGGUUAGGAAAUACGGCGGGAAGUUCGGGAGACGAAUAACAAUAUGUGGGUUAGUAGGACUCUUAAUAUAUUGGAUGUAUUUUUCCAACUCCAUUUGGUGGAUUGGUAAGUUUUGUUUACACUUAUUCAUAUAUGUGAAGAAGAAUAUAUAUAUAUAUAUAUAUAUAUAUAUAGUGAAGGAAUUGUGGGUCUGUACAAUACAAUAAUUUUUGUUAGGGUUUAUUUAUAUACAUAUAUAAUGGUGUAGUAGAUGUCCAUGGCAUGGUGAUUUAUUAGGUGUACAUUUUGAUGGGAAUAUAUAGUUUUUAUUAGAAUUCUUA